UUUUACAAUGAACACGGGUCGGCUAUUGUAAAGAAGAAGUGUCGAUUAGUUUUCGAAGCCCAAUGCACGUAUAUUUAAAACCUUAGUUCAAUUAAUAUGGUGACAAAAUGGCAAUAGGAUUAUACUAUGGAUGUUUAAUAUUAACAUUAUUAUUUGUUAGUAUUUCGACUCAAAAUUGUGGGGAGGACCAAGUAGGCGGCUACCAAUGGAAUGCAACAAAAUCAGGGGAUACAAGUGAACUACCCUGUAGAACACCUAAUCAUCCAGGUUUUGUUUUUCGAACAUGCAAGAAUGGAACAUGGGAGCAACCAAUAUUUUCAAAUUGUCCUACUCCAAUGAGAUCUGAGAGAUCUAUAAUAGAGUUAAUCAACUAUAUAGGCUGUGGUUUAUCUAUAUUCUGUUGUCUACUAACCAUCGUCUUCUAUAUUUUCUUUUAUAAACAUAUAUCCGGAUCAUUAACAGUUUUAGUGACAAGUCUAUGUUUAGCUGUUAUUACCAGUAAUAUAUUUCUUAUUAUCGGACUACAUAGAGUAGAGUCCAAGGAUCAGUGUAGGAUAAUAUCAGUAUGUUUACAGUAUUUUCCAACAGUAGCCGUGUUUACGUUAUCAACAAUUAUUAUACAUAUAUUGACAACCAGUUUUAAGAAAACAAACAAAUGUUGUAUUGUAGCUAGUCUCUUUGUAUCAUGGGUUUUACCAGGUGCUGUAGUAGCCGGGUAUGCAGCCUAUACCAAAUUAGAAGAGUAUGGCAAUCCUGUUAACUGUUGGGUUCAGAUAAAUACCAGGUUAUGGUGGGUUUAUAUCGGCACUAUACUUGCUAUGGUCUUUAUAAUGUUACUGGCUGUUUUUGGUUCCAUUUAUCGAUCAUACAUUGACAGGAUCAAACGACAUUUGAGGAUUGGGGUUAUUCCCCUGUUCGUGGUAUGCAUGUUUACCAUUUUAACAUGGGUAAUAGGAACACUCAGUGUGAAUGAAUACCACGAUAACCUGUACGUAUUACAGAUUGUAUUUGCCGUGUUUAACAUCUUACAGGGAUUCACAAUUCUUAUGAUAUUUGGACUACAGAGCACUAAGGUAACACAGCUUUCAUAUUUUCUGAAAAUCCGGAUGUUUAGUGUUAAAGCUUUGUAUUUUAUAGUGAACAUGAUCUACUGGGCGUAG